AUGGGGGGCGUCACCAGGUGGAUUUGGCACCACCGCAACUAUGUGAUCACUUUGACGGUUCCUCUGAUGUUCCUCCCGCUGCCAAUUAUCUGCCCCACCUCGGAGGCGCGAUGCGGUUACACUCUCCUGGUGAUGGUGCUGUACUGGUGUACUGAGUGUUUACCAAUGGCAGUGACUGGCAUGUUGCCGGUGGUCCUGUUCCCCAUGAUGGGCAUCAUGCAGGCGGAACAGGACUUUGACAUCUAUAACUUGAACGGCAGUCCAGAAGAGGACUCCACAGCGGAAGCUGAGAGCAACUUUGAACGUCUGUCCAAAGGCAUCAGUCUAAGCGUUUGCUACUCAUCCACCAUCGGCGGGAUGACCACGCUGACGGGCACCACGGCCAACCUCAUUCUCAAAAGACACGUUGACAAACUCUUUCCUGGGAGCAACGGAAUCAUCAACUUCGCCAGCUGGUUUGGCUUCGCCUUCCCAAUCAUGAUCCUCAUGCUGCCGCUCUCUUGGCUCUGGCUGCAGUUCAUGUUCAUCGGGAUUAACUUCCGCCGGACAUUUAGCUGCGGCUCCUCGAACAGUCGUGAACGUGAGGCGUACGCCGUUAUAAAGGAGGAGUACAGAAAGUUGGGGAGCAUGAAGUUCGCCGAAGUGGCGGUUCUCUGUGUAUUUGUCCUGCUAGUGGUUCUUUGGUUCACACGAGACCCGGGAUUCAUUGGAGGAUGGGCUACUGUUCUCUUCAACAAGAACGGCCCCUUCGUAUCAGAUGGAACGGUCGCGAUCUUCAUGUCCUUGCUGUUUUUCGUCAUUCCCUCACGGUUGCCGAGAUGCGGGGGCUAUGGUUGCGAUGAUUCCGGUGGAAGGUUGAAGACUCCCGGCACGCUGCUCACCUGGGAGAUAGUCCACCAGCACAUGCCCUGGGACCUUUUGUUUAUUUGUGGAGGGGGCUAUGCUCUCGCUACGGGAAGUGAGGUUUCAGGUUUAUCAACGUGGCUAGGUGAGAGUUUGACACCGUUGAAGAACAUCCCCGCUUUUGCUAUCUCGUUUUUGUUGAGUGCUCUGGUGGCGACGUUUACGGAGUGUUCCAGCAACGCGACCACCGUCACACUCUUCCUGCCCAUCCUUGCGUCCUUGGCCAUCAGCAUCAAGCUCCACCCUCUGUACGUGAUGCUUCCUUGCACUUUUGCCGCAUCGUUGGCCUUCAUGCUGCCCGUGGCCCAGCCUCCCAACGCCAUCACCUUCUCCUACGGGAACCUCAAAGUCAUGGACAUGGUCAAAGCCGGCUUCAUGCUGAACAUCAUCGGAAUCCUGAUCAUCAAUUUGGCCAUUAACACGUGGGGGUGCGUCAUGUUUGACAUGGACACCUUUCCAACCUGGGCCAAUGUCUCACAACCGUAA